AUGACCCUAACAACCCACCUCCUUACCACCCACCCACCCACCCCAAAAGCAAUCGCCCACCCCUUCCUAACCUCCGCCGGCAAAGGCACAAUCCCGACGCACCUCCUCUCCGCCUGGCUCGCCCAAGACAGACUCUACGCGCAGACCUACAUCCGCUUCAUCGGCCACCUGCUCUCCAAAGUCGACCUACCUGUGCUCCCCCCGUCGCAGAAGGAGGCCGGGAACAAGAAGCAGACACAGAAGGAGACGAAAACUGAAGCGCACCAAAAAGCAGCAUCUACCCUCUCGGCGUGUCUAGCCAAUAUUCUCACUGAACUAUCCUUCUUCGACUCCGUCGCUGAUGAGUACGGGCUUGAUUUGACGCCUUAUACCUCUUUCCCUUCCCCCUCUUCUUCUUCUACCGAGGGAACUACCACCACCACCAACAAUGAAGAAAGGAAAAAAGGCCCUAACCCGACAACCCAAUCCUACACCGACCUCUUCAUAGCUUCCUCCGCCAGUCCUACCGCCUCCCUGCUCGAAGGGCUGGUCGUGCUGUACGCGACGGAGUUUUGCUAUUUGCGGGCUUGGAGGCAUGCUGCCUCUAUUCUGUCUGAGCGGUUGCGGGGUAGUAACGCUGAUGGUGGAGAAGAUGCAGAUGGAGGAGCUCUCCGCAGGCUAAUUCCCAAUUGGGCGAGUGUGGAGUUUGAGGUUUUUGUGCGGGGAAUUGGGGAGGUUGUUGAUUUUGUUGCUGAGGCUGAGGGGUUAUCUUCUUUGGGAGAGGGGGAGGGAGGGCAGGGUGGUGGGGGAGAUGUGGAUGAUAUGCUGGGGAGGUGUGAGAAAUGGUGGAGGCAGGUUGUGUGGUUGGAGGAGAGGUUUUGGCCGGAUGUGGAGUGA